AUGUGCGAAACAGAUCCUGGGAUUUGUGGGAUCUCCACAGAGCGCUUGGCUGAAUCUUCAGUUUCCUCCACUCUUCCAGGAGCUGCAGAAAAUGAACACAUAUCCGGUUUGACACAGGGAUCAGUGUCAUUCGAGGAUGUGACUGUGGAACUCUCCCCGGAGGAGUGGCGGCACAUGGGCCCUGCUCAGAGGACCCUGUACAGAGAGGUGAUGCUGGAGAACUACAGCCACCUGGUCUCCGUGGGGUAUUGCAUUACCAAGCCCAAGGUGAUAUUCAAAUUGGAGCAAGGAGAAGAACCGUGGUCUUUAGAGGACAGAUUCCUAAGCCACAAGUACCCAGGUUAUUACAAAGUAGACGUCCACAUCAAGGGAAAUCAAAACAAACAAGGGAAGCCUCUGUGGCAAGUAAUAUUCAUUGGUGAUAAAACACUGAGUAAGGAAGGACAGAAAGUUCUAGAAAAACCAUUUAAUUUGGGCAUAGCUUCAGGUUUUUCAGGAAAAAUAACCUAUAAACAUGAUUCAUGUCAAAUGAAUUUUCCAGUUAUUUCUGAGUUAAUUAUUAGUGAAGGAGACUAUUCAAGAGAGAAGGCUGAUUACAUGACUGUAUGUGAAAAUUUGCAGCUUUCUAUUAAACACAGGGACACUCAUACUGGAGAGAAAUCUCAUGAAUAUAAUAAAAAUGUGAAAACAGUUAGUGUUAAGAAAGAUAAGGAUCAGAGAUUUCAAACAUUGGAGCAAUUGUUUGAAUGCAGUGAGUUUGGGAAAAUUUUGUAUGAAAAAACUGUCUGCCUUACAGUUGAGAGUUCUCCAACAGAAGAGCAGUGCUGUCAGGAUGAUGAGCUUGGGAAAAACUGUGAUAGGACAACUCUGUUUAGCCACACGAGAGCUGACCCAAGGGAGAAGUGCUCUGAUGUUAGUGACUGUGGGGAAUUCUGCUGCGAAUCCACCAUCGAGGAGUACAGUAAAGUUUACCUGGCUGUAACACACCAGGAAUGUGAUAAAAAUGGUAUUAAUUUAUGUGGGAAGUUACCCCUAAUUCAAGCUCAGAGACCUGUUACAGGACAGAGUGCUCUUGAAAGCAAUCCAUGUGAAGAAAACUUGAGCCAAAGUCCGGCCCACAUAGUACAUCAGGAGAAGCCAAUUGGAGAUAACUUCUGUGAAUGUCCUGAAUGUACUAAUACCUUCUUCCGGAAAUUAGGCCUUAUCACACAUCAGCAAACUCAAGAGAAACCCUGCCAGUCAGGUCUGUACGGGAAAUGCAGGGAAUCCUUUUACCAGAAAGCACACCCCAUUCAGGAUCAGAAGACUCACUCAGGGGAGAACCCUUACAAAUGUGAGGAAUGUGGGAAAUUCUUUUGUUCACAUUCACACCCUAGUCAGCAUCCUGGAACUCAUAUGGCGUCCAAACUCUCUGAAUGCAAUAAAUGUGGGAACACUUUCUGUGAGAAGUCAAACCUCAGUGAACAUCUGAGGCUUCACACAAAGGAGAAACCUUAUGGUAACAACGACUGCAGGAAAUGUCACACACCACCCCCCAUUGGACAGCAGAGAACAGACACAGAGAUGAAGAUCUGCCACAGCCGUGAGUAUGCGAAAACCUCCAUGAUGGGACAUCUUAAGGAAUAUCAGAAAGUUCACCCGGGUGGGAAACCCUAUGAAUGUGCUGACUGUGGGAAAACGUUCUCCAAAACGUCACAUCUGACAGCACAUCAGAGAACUCACAGGGGUGAAAGACCCCAUGCAUGCAUUGAAUGUGGGAAGACUUUCUCUCACAAGACACAUCUCAGUGCACAUCAGAGAACUCAUACUGGGGAAAAACCCUAUGAAUGUAGCCAGUGUGGGAAAGCUUUUGCUGACACUUCAACCCUCAGGGCACAUCAGAGAAUUCACACAGGCGAGAAGCCCUAUGCGUGUCAUGUGUGUGGGAGAUCUUUUGCCCAUGUUUCUGUUCUCAGAGCCCAUGAGAGAAUUCACACAGGGGAGAAGCCCUACGGGUGUAAUGAAUGUGGCAGAUCCUUUACCUAUAACUCAGCCUUCAGAGCCCAUCAGAGAAUUCACACGGGGGAGAAGCCCUAUGGGUGUAAUGACUGUGAGAAAACCUUUGCCCAUAAUUCAGCCCUCAGAGUGCAUCAGAGGACUCACACAGGGGAGAAACCCUACGAAUGCAGUGACUGUGAGAAAACUUUUGCCCACAAUUCAGCCCUCAGAGCACAUCAGAAAAUCCACACAGGGGAGAAACUCUAUGAAUGUAAUGAGUGUGGGAAAACCUUUUCUCAGAAAACACACCUCAGCACACAUCAAAGAAUUCACACAGGGGAGAAACCCUAUGAGUGUAGUGAAUGUGGAAAAACUUUCUCCCAGAAAUCAUACCUCAGUGGACACGAGAGGACCCACACAGGGGAAAAGCCCUAUGGGUGUAACGUAUGCGGGAAACGUUUUGUCUACAAGGCAGCCCUCAUUGUGCACCAGAGAAUUCACAGAGGGGAGAAGCCCUAUGAGUGCAGCGAAUGUGGGAAAACCUUCUCUCAAAGGACACACCUCUGCGCCCACCAGAGAACGCACACGGGGGAGAAGCCCUACGGGUGCAGUCAGUGUGGGAAAACGUUUGCUGAUAGUUCAGCCCUCCGAGCGCAUCACAGGACUCACACAGGGGAGAAACCCUACGAGUGUACUGAGUGUGGGAAGGCUUUCUCCAAGACGUCACACCUCAGAGCACACCUGAGGACGCGCAUGGGGGAGAAGCCGUACGAGUGUCACCAGUGUGGGAAAAGCUUUUCCGAGAAGUCGUAUGUUAGUGCCCACCAGAGGGUGCACACGGGGGAGAAGCCCUACGAGUGCAGCAACUGUGGGAAGGCUUUUGCCCAGAACUCAACUCUCAGGGUGCACCAGAGGGUUCACACAGGUGUGAGACCCUACGAGUGUGGUGAGUGUGGGAAAGCGUUCUCCCAGAAAUCGCACCUUGGUGCACACCAGAGAAUUCACACAGGGGAGAAGCCCUACGAGUGCAAUGAAUGUGGGAAGGCUUUUGCCCAGAAUUCAACUCUCAGGGUGCACCAGAGGAUUCACACAGGGGACAAACCCUAUGAAUGUGAUGAGUGUGGAAAAACUUUUGUCCGUAAGGCAGCUCUUAGGGUCCAUCGCACCAGGAUGCACACCAGAGCAAAAGCCCCAGUGUGGAAUGAGUUUGGAAAGCCCUCAGGGAACUCCUGCCUUACUGCAUGA